GUGAAAUGAAGUGUCGGGAUUUUAAAGGCAGAGUCGCCAUUUUAUAAAGAUUCUGGAAUAAUGUAAAGAUAUUCUAUGUUUCAAGAGGCCCCAGCAGGAAUCAUCUGGUCUGGAUCAGCAUAGAAAUGGAUGGAUCUGCUUCUGAAAUGCGCCCCCCUGUGGGGUGUAACAGAAAGAGCCCUGAGAGUGUCCUGAUGAAGAGAGCAGACUCCCCUGUACCCAGCUGUGUCUCCAUGAAGAGUGACAGGUCAAUGGAGCAACCAAUCGUCUUCAGAGAGGGACCUUUUCCUACAGAUCAAAGAGACCAAAUGGAAGAUUGCAGUUCAGAUCUACAUGAUAAAUCGGGUUUAUCAUCCAUAUUGAAGUCACUAGAGGAAAAAGCCAUGAAGUUCCUAAAGGAGGAACUGAAGACAUUUGUGAGGUACCUAGAUCAGAAUUACCCAGAAUGCUCUGAGCCUCAGCUGGAGGAGGACAAUGACCUGGACAGUGAUGGUCAGAUGCAGAAGACCAGUGUUAGAGAGGUAGCUCUGAAGAUAACACUGUACAUCCUGAGGACCAUGAAGCAAGAUGAUCUUGCUGACCUGCUGGACAAGAGAAAGCUCAUGCUACAGGAAAUCAAAGCUAAACUUAAGAAGCAAUUUGAGUGUGUAUUUGAAGGGAGAGCUAAGGAAGGACAGCCAACACUUCUCAAUGAGAUUUACACAGAACUCUACAUAACUGAAGGUGGGACUGGAGCAGUCAAUGAUGAACAUGAAGUGAGACAGAUUGAAACAGCAUCCAAGAAAAGGCGAACAGAAGAUACUACAGUCAAGUGCAAUGAUAUAUUUAAACCCUUAUGUGGGCGUGAGACACCUAUCAGAACUGUACUCACUAAAGGGGUGGCAGGUAUCGGGAAAACAGUCUCUGUGCAGAAAUUCGUUCUCGACUGGGCAGAAGGAAAAGCAAACCAGGAUGUUCACUUCAUAUUUGCUCUUCCUUUCCGGGACCUGAAUUUGAUUAAGGGUGAAUACAGUCUGAUUGAACUGCUUCACCACUUUGUCCCAGAACUGAAAUCAUUUCAAUCCACUGACCUGUUUAGCUCCAAAGUCUUGUUCAUCUUUGAUGGUCUGGAUGAGUGUCGCCUUCCUCUGGAUUUUCAGAACAAUGAGAGCUGGUUUGAUGUAACAAAGAAAACGUCACUGGAUGUGCUAUUGACUAACCUCAUUAAGGGGAAUCUGCUCCCAUCCGCUCUCCUCUGGAUAACCUCCCGGCCAGCAGCAGCCAAUCAGAUACCUGCUAAGUGUGUCCACCAGGUGACAGAGAUACGAGGGUUCAGUGAUGCCCAGAAGGAGGAGUAUUUCAAGAAGAGAUUUGAUGAUCAGAGCCUGGCCAGCAGGAUUAUCACACAUGUGAAAUCAUCAAGGAGCCUCUUCAUCAUGUGCCACAUACCUGUGUUCUGCUGGAUUUCAGCCACUGUGCUUAAGAGGCUUUUUAGUGAGAUUGACAGGGGAGAAAUUCCAAGGACUCUGACUGAAAUGUACACACACUUCCUGAUCUUUCAGACAAGUGUAAAAAAUGACAAGUAUAUGAAAAACCAUGAAACUAAGCUUAAAGAAUACAGCAAGGAAUUCCUUUUGACACUUAGUGAACUUGCUUUUGAUAACCUUGAGAAAGGAAAUCUCAUAUUUUAUGAGCAAGAUCUGACAGAGAAUGGCAUUGAUGUCAGUGAAGCUUCAGUUUACUCUGGAGUGUGCACAGAAGUCUUUAAAGAGGAGUAUGGGUUGUACCAGGAGAAGGUGUACUGCUUUGUGCAUCUGAGCAUCCAGGAGUAUCUCGCUGCUUUAUAUGUGUUUCUGUCAAACUCAUCAGCUGACCUGCUGAAGACUGCAGUGGAUCAGGCAUUAGAGAGCAAGAAUGGACACUUGGACCUCUACCUCCGCUUCCUCCUGGGCCUCUCAACAGACUCCAGUAAGACUCUGUUACAAAAACUACUCAGACAGACAGGAAGCAGAUCACAUAACAUUGAGGAAACAUCCCAAUACAUCAAGGAGAAAAUACAGGAGAAUUUAUCUCCAGAAAGGACCAUCAACCUGUUCCACUGUCUGACUGAACUGGGUGACAAUUCCCUAGUAGAGGAAGUACAAAGAUACCUGAAUUCAGGAAACAUUUCAGCAGAUGACCUCUCACCUGCACAGUACUCAGCUCUGGCCUUUGUAAUGCUGAUGUCAGAUGAGGAGCUGGAUGUGUUUGACCUGAAGAAAUACAUCAGAUCAGAUGAAGAGCACUGCAGGCUGCUGCCUGUGGUCAAGAACUCCAGGACGGCUCUGCUGAACAGCUGUGAUCUCAUAGAUAAACACUGUGAAGUGCUGUCUUCAGCUCUAAGAUCAAACUCUUCCCCCCUGAGAGAGCUGGACCUGAGUGAUAAUAACCUGAAGGAUUCAGGAGUGAAGCUGCUCUCUACUGCACUGGGGGAUUUACACUGUAAACUGGAGAUAUUGAGGGUUGGCCGGUGUGAAAUCACAGAGAAAUGCUGUGAGGCACUGGCUUCAGCUCUCAGAUCAAACUCUUCCCCCCUGAGAGAGCUGGACCUGAGUGACAAUGACCUGCAGGACUCAGGAGUGAAGCUGCUCUCUGUUGGACUGGAGGACUUACACUGUAAACUGGAGAUACUGAGGGACAAGGGACAAGGCGUAAGGGACAAGGCCGAAGACCUGUAUUGGAUGCCCGUGGUCUUCGGGCCCUCAGACGACUCUGCAUCACUCAUCGGCAUGAUUGUGUCAAUGACAUUACUAAAUGGGCCCAGGAAUACUUCCAGAAAGCACAGUCGACUGUCAGGCUGUAGAGUCACAGAAGAAGGCUGUUCUUCCCUGGCUUCAGCUCUGAGGUCAAAACCCUCACACCUGAGGGAGCUGGACCUGAGCUACAAUCACCCAGGAGACUCAGGAGUGAAGCUGCUCUCUGCUGUACUGGAGGAUCCCAGCUGUAAACUGGAGAAGCUGAAUGUGGAUUACGGUGGAGAGUGCAGGACCAGACCAGGCUUACAGAAAUACUCCUGCCAGCUGACGCUGGACCCCAACACAGCAAACAGAUGCCUGUCUCUGUCAGGGGGGAACAGGAAGGUGACACGGGGGGGAGAGAAGCAGCCAUAUCCUGAUCAUCCAGAGAGAUUUGACGGCUGGUACCAAGUUCUGUGCAGAGAGAGUCUGACUGGCCGCUGUUACUGGGAGGCUGAGUGGAGUGGAGAUGGAGCUGAGAUAGCAGUGACUUAUAAAGGGAUCAGGAGGAAAGGAGGGAGUGACUGUCUGUUUGGAGACAAUGACAAGUCAUGGAGUCUGAGCUGUUAUACUGUUAGUUACUCUGUCCAGCACAAUAAUAAACAGACUCUCAUACCCAUACGGCCCUCAGGCUCCCAUAGAGUAGGAGUGUAUCUGGACUGGGGGGCUGGUGCUCUGUCCUUCUACAGAGUCUCCUCUGAUGGACUGACCCCCCUGCACAGAUUCACCUCCUCAUUCACUGAGUCCCUCUAUCCAGGGUUUCGGGUUUAUAGUAACUCCUCAGUGUCACUGUGACAUGUUGCUGGUUCUCCUGGCAAAAAGGUAAAAUCUCUGCUUUUUAACCUUUAUUAUCCCUUUUACUCUGAAAUGUGCAAAAGUCUUAGGCAGGCAAAGAAAAUGAUGUUUAGAUUAUCCUCCUGUUGGUGUAAAACUAUGAUAUGGUGCCUGUCAAAGUGUGUCAGCUUCGCCAUUUCAGAACCUCUGCUAAAAUCAUCCUAGUAUUUGCAGUGACCGUCCAGUGCAGCCAUGCAUUUUUUGACUUGGCCACUAGCAGACCUCAUACAGCUAGUCAAUCUCUCACUGACUUUUUAAACCAAUAUAUUUAAUUAUUUAAUUGAGCUGUUCGGGAAAUUUAACAAAAUUGUGGAACAGCUGAGGUGCCCCUGAGGAGAAGUUUGGGAACUGAAGUGGUGUUCAUCUAGCCAUCCAACUAGAUAUCAGUAACUUUUUAGGAAACAGAAGAAAUUAUUACUAGUUUUUAUUGUGUUACUCUUAAUUUGCACGCGUUCUAAUGUUAAAUUGUGUUUUUUGUUCUAAGCCAAAGUACACUUGCUACCCAGAUAAACAGCUUUAAACAUUUCUUUGGACUGCCUAAGACUUUAGAACAGUACUGUGUGUUUGACAGAAAAUAAAUGACUGUCUUCAGUGAGCUGAAUAACAUGAAAAAUAUAAUUUAAUAGUUUUUUUCUUUGACUAAAAUGUAAUUAAAUGUAAUCCUGAUUGGGGAGGGGGUAUCCCCUUCUGCUGUAUAUGUACAUUUUAUAUAUUAUAUAUUUAUGUCCAUUUACAGUAUUUCCUCCCUGUACAAUGACAAUAAAGGCUUUCUGUUCUGUCCUA